UAUUUACAGUAAAACGGACUUGAAAUGGCUCGUCGGGUGAGAGGGAAAAUUUCGUUUCAAACGGAUUGGAAAGUAGAAUUCCCUUGGGUUGAAGACAUCAAGGAUGAUCGUCACUCUGCUAGGUGUGCAGUCUGUGGGACUACUUUUUCCAUUACUUCCAUGGGAAGAACAGCUCUUACAAGCCAUGCCAGUGGAAACAAGCAUAAGAAAAAUGUGAGUAGUGUAGAUAAGACAGCGCCAAUUCAAAUUUGGGCUACUACAUCUGCCCCUGAAACAUCUAAAGCAUCUGAACCUUCACCUUUACCAUCUUCAUCUGUAAUUCAACCUUCGUCAGCUGCUGUUAUUCCUGGUGCGAGUAUGAAUCUACCUGCUGAAGAUUCGUUAAUCCCGAAAUCUGCUUCUACAACCCGCUGUUUGGAUAAUUUUCUUCUUAAAGACGAUGUGACUCGUGCCGAAGCUUUGUGGUGUCUUGAAACGGUGAUGAAUCAUAACUCCUUACGCAGCGCUGCUAGUAGCGUAAACAUGUUCAAGCGAAUGUUUCCCAACGAUCGUGUUGCAAACAAUAUGAAACUUCAAAAAGAUAAAAUUUCAUAUGUCAUAGUUUAUGGACUUGCUCCUUAUUUUUAUGAUAAGUUGAAAAGUGUUUUGAAAGAGUGUGAACAUUUCGUGUUGGGUUUUGAUGAGAGUGUGAACAAAAUUGCACAGAAACAACAGAUGGACUUGUCUGUCAGAAUUUGGGACUCAAAUGUAAAUAAAGUUAUGUGUAGGUAUGUAACAUCCAUCUUUUUGAAUCACGCUACAGCUGAAGAUCUCUUACAAGCCAUGAAAACUGGCUUGGAAGGAUUUGACAUGAUGAAGAUUAUCCAAUUAUCAAUGGAUGGUCCUAACGUAAAUUUCAAAGUACUUAGGCUUUUACAGCAAGACAGCAGAUCUGACCCAGAAUCCCCACAGUUACUAGAUAUUGGUUCUUGUGGUUUACACACAGUGCACAAUGCCUUUAAGACAGGCAUCAAGAAAUCUGGUUGGGAGAUAAUUGAGUUUCUUAGAGCCCUUUACAAUUUGUUUAAAGAGGCUCCAAGUCGACGAGGAGACUAUACAGAGGCUUCAAACUCACACGUGUUUCCUUUGAGGGUUUGCUCAAUUCGUUGGAUUGAAAAUGGCAAAGUAGCGAGGAGAGCAAUGGAAAUAUUGCCACUUGUUGAAAAAUAUGUCAACAUAGUCAAAACCACAGCAAAGGAACCAUCUUGUAAUAGCUUUUCUGUUGUAUGUAAAGCCCUGCAAGACAAACUCCUGCAAGCGAAAAUAGCUUUCUUUGAGGCACUGGCAAGUGACGUUGAACCAUUUUUGGUAGAAUUCCAGUCUGAUUCUCCAAUGGCACCAUUUCUUUUCGAUAGUUUGACAUUUAUUGUAAUGACUGCUAUGAAAAGAAUUGUGAAAACCGAGAUUAUUGAGAAAACUCCUCUUCACAAAAUUGAUGUUUUCAAACAGAAUGCAGAUAAGACUUUUGUAAAUCUCAAGGAUGUGAAACAUGUUGAGCUUGGUUACAGUACCCGUGCAGCACUAAGGAAGUGUAAGAAUGCCUCUGAGAAAGAUAUUUUAAUUUUCAGAAAAGAGUGUCGGAAUGUCCUGCAAUUUUUCGUGAGUAACCUGUUGCUGAAGUCUCCUCUGAAGUAUUCUCUUACCAAGGCUCUUACUUUUUUGAACCCUUAUCAUAUUUCUUCCAAAGAUAGUUGUGUAAAACAACUUACUACUGCUCUUGACCACCUCCUUACGGCCAAUCUUCUGCCAGCUAGCACUGUUGAAAGGGCUGAUAGAGAGUACAGGUUUCUUUGCUCGCAAUCAAAUGUCAUUGAAGAAAUGAAAACCUACUCUAAGUCUGAAACUCGCUUGGAUACCUUCUGGGUGCAGCUUAUAGAAGGAAAGAAGGAAUAUGAGAACCUCUUUAAAGUAGUCAAACUACUUUUAAUUUUGUCUCACGGCAGUGAUAACAUCGAACGAGGAUUUUCAGUGAACAAAGAAAUUUUAGUCGAAAAUCUGAAAGAACCAUCACUCAUAGCCCAGCGUCGUAUUUUUCAUUUUGUUAGUAAUGAGCCGGGUGGACUGAUGAAGCUAGACAUUCCUAAAGCCAUGAUUCAUGCAGUGAGGAAUGCUUAUUCCAUGUACAGUGAGGCACUUGCAGAGCAGCAGUGUGCAAAUAAGAAAAUUUUCAAGCUAGCGGAAGAAAGAAAACGUGCAGCUACUGAGAUCAAACAGCUUGAGGCGAAGAAACUCAUGUUGCUUGAGGAUGUACAGCGUGCAGUAUCUGCCAUCGAUGAGAAGGUGAAAGAUCUUAAAAAAUAGUAUAGGGCUGUGUAUUGCAUGACACUAUACAGUUAAACUUCUCACAGUUUUGUACUAGUGUGACUAUGGACCAAACAAGCUGCAAGACAAUUACUAUCGAACCAGGACAAAUGAAAAAUUCCAAUGUUUUAAUAAUGAAUUUGAAGUUCCAACAUUUCCAGUGAGAAGGUAGGCCUGCAUAUGUCUUUGAUGUUUAUAGCAUCUUUAGAUGAUCAUUUUGUUAAAAUGCUUUUUCUCAUUACAUACAGUAGUAAUUUAGUAAUUUAUUGCAUUUGUUCAAUUUUGCAUGUACUAUCAUGAUUUUGGGGUAAAAUUUUAUCGCGUAUGAUUUACAUGUAUUCUUUUCAUUUUUGACAUGUACAGGAAUGUACAGGAAUUGUACAGGAAUUUUUUCUGAUCAUUUCCCUAGACACCCUGUUGUAUAUUAUUGAGCUUUAUGUUAGGAAUGUUAGUGUGAAUAUAAUUGAGAAGUCAAUUGACAGUGAUUUGUUGCAUCGUCGAAUGGGACAUUCAUCAGUGUAUAGGCCUAAAAAGGUAUGUGAAACAUGUUUGAAUGGAAAAAAAUCCCAAAAUAAAUGCAUGAAUUUACCACAGGAGCGGAAACCUAACAGAAUUUUGGAAGUUAUAAGUUCCGAUGUUUUAGGGCCACUGAAUCCAACAACGUACGAUGGCUAUCGAUAUUACGAAAGUUUUACUGAUCAUUACUCUCAUUUCACUUAUGUAUAUUUGCUAAAGAAUAAAUAUGAAGUGAUUGACAAGUUCAAAGAAUAUGAGGCAGUAGUAAGCAAUAAAUUUGAUUGUAAGAUAUCACGUCUAAGAGUUGACCAAGGCGGUGAAUAUUCAUCUAAAGAGUUUCAAGCAUUUUGCAGAACUAAAGGUAUUCAGAUAGAAUAUAAUGUUGCCAGAACACCAUUUCAGAAUGGAGUUAGUGAAUAUUUGAACCGAACUAUUAUGAAUAUGGCAAGGUGUUUGUUAAUGGACUCUGGAUUAGAGAAAAAUAUUGGGGUGAGGCUGUAUAUUGCUCUGUAUACACAAUUACAGUAGAACCCCUAUCAUACACUUUUCAACGGAGGGCACAAAAAUGGUGUAUGAUGCGGGAAAGUGUAUGAAAAGGGAAUGGCAAUAAUAUUUUUUUUCAAUCUAGCAUACCAGCACAAUGUCUGAUUAAACUUAAAUACAUAAUGUGUAAAUAAUUGCAUUAUAUUAAUGAAAGAUAUGAAUUCAUCAUUAUAUAUACAUAUAAUAAAACCACCAGAAAUGUAAAAUACAGUCCAUAACCAAGUAAAGCAGUUCUUUCUUGGAGGGGGGGAAAGGUCACCAAGCCUAAAUUAGAAAUUUAAAAAAUUAGGCUAUUGUAAAAAGAAAAUCAGAAAUUUUUGCUUGUUUGUUUCAUUUUACAAACAACUUUAUGCAACAGAACAAUUUUCAAUAAAAUGUUAACUUGAGAAACGUACAAUACAAAA